GGAUUUCAAGAAACCGGGAAAAGCGGUAAUCAAAAUGGCCUAUUGGUCCGGUUGGAGGUGUCCCGUACAUUAAUUAGCCCUCCUUAGUGCGUGUGGAUUGGUUUUGUGAUAAGGAAAGGUGAUAAGCAAAUAAUUCAACAUGAGCGAUUUAGAUGACCCAUUGUCUGGGCAACAGCAACAGCAGCAACAACAGCAACAACAACCUCCAACUCAAACCACACCACGCAGUUCCCUCGGUUCGGGGGCCCUUUCGUACAGCAACUCCUCCAUCUCACCGUCGACAAGUUCGAGCAGCUCGGGUUCGGCCAAAUCCGCCGUCAGCGAGUGCUUGGGAGCAUGGCUAAACUAUCUGCAGAUUAUGAACAACCUGUGUGCGGCCGGUUACCGGCUAGCGCAAACGAUUGCCGCACUCGAACCCUGGGCGUACUUUGAACAGCCGAAUUCUACAGGUGGUGGUGGACCAUCAUCCGGCGGAAGCAACCCAUCCUGUGGCCCUUCUCCGCCGCAGUCUCAACAGCAACAGGCGGUCCCGCAAAUACCACAGCUGCCCUUCACAACAUCGCAGAUCCCGUCACACAUGGCCUUUCAGUUCAUUACGGCCUGGGAUGAGCUGGCUCGGGCGUCCGUCAUGGCAACGAGCACGGUUAAAUCUCAUAUCGUAAGCGUGCUGCAGGAUUUCAAAACGCAACCGCUCGCUACGGUAGAACAGGAAAGCGAACUGCUACAUAUCAAGGAAUACAAUCAGCUUAUCCUGCAGGAUAACGCACAAACGAUGAUUAAUCUGCAGCACCAGUUCUGUGUCGCUUCCUGUGACGCGUUUGCACAGCUGAUGUGCUGCUACCAGUGCCAAACGCAGGUGGGAUUUCCACACGAUCCCGACUGCCCGAUGGUACAGCAUCCGAUGUCGGCCGCUGCUACGAUUGCCCGUACCGGUGGCGCAGCGGACCAACGCUCCCAAACCCCGUCGCCCCACUUCGGUAUGAAAAUGCAGGAAAAUGCCCGACUGUACGAUCGAACGGGAUCGAUCUCGACGCAGGGGUCGUCCUCCGAUCACGGUACGACGGCGUACGAACAAACGCGCGGUCCAUCACCGCACGAUAUCCGCGGACCGAGCCCCAUACAGGGCUAUUUGGAUAAUAUACGCGGGCCGCUCCCAAACCCUGGCCAUCUGUCGGGCAUGAAAGCGCCCUUCUAUCGAGGAUCACGAUCCCCGUUAAAUUUUCCACUCUUCACGCUAAACGGACAGCGGCGAUGGUCGGAAGCAGCGGCGGGGGAAGUUAAUUCCGAGGCGGCACUAGACCCCGAAAGUCAAAUGCGCCGCUGGUCGAUGCCUUGGGAAGCGAAAGCGGAUAAAUCCACCGUGCACUGGAACCAAACGCGCCUGAUGCCGAUCUCGAAGCUUGCCGUGCCGGCGUCCGGACCAGGGCCGACGCCAAAAUCUUCGCUGGGCGAUCGCAGCCAAAGCACAACGCCGGACUCUACCUGGCAUUCGUCAAUCACCAGCCAGGACGGGUUAGUGGAAGCGAUACAAUUGCUAUCCUGUCGACCAAUUCACCGGAUGCAACCGAUGAUGAUGAUGGCACCGCCCAACAUUGGACCACCGUUUGUCGAGGAACCAUCCGGGAUGCAGCAACAAGAAUCUCACAAUCCUCCCGGGCUGUACGGUAUCUGGACGCAGCAGAAUCCUCCCAGUGCCAUCUUACGCCAGUCAACGGCGGGCACAAUGCAGCAGGACCGAAUGAUUCCACUGAUGAACUACAUUCGCGAGCAGGAUUCAUCGAUUGACGAACAUCCACCUAACUAACUCAACACGCUCAUUUGCAAGCGACGAAACAGACGGACACUAACGUUUUACUAAUCCGCACUACCGGCAAAUGGUAAAGUAUUCCAUAAGGUUCAUUAUUAGAGGGAAAUGACGAUUAGAAGAGACAUCAUACCAAAGCAUCAUAGUUCAUACCAAACACUUUUAAGGCGAUAUUGGAAUGCAAGUUUUAUACACAAAAGGCAAACCAAAAAAAAAAUCCCCGGGGAAUGAUAUUUCGUACCCGAAUUUCUCACUUAGCAGCAUUAGUCGUUUAAGUCGUACUCAUAUACAUAAAUAGAUAAAAUGAUAUUCUAUACAGAUACGGGGAACGGGACAAAAAAGGGGGUUUGAUUAAGAGGGAUCUUUCGUAUUCAAUCAUGACACAAUGGAACUCACGCUCACGCAGCCCAUUAUA